ACUUAACAGCCGCCACUGAUAUAACAGCCGCCACUGGACAAGCGGACUUAACAGCCGCCACUGGACAAGCGGACUUAACAGCCACAGAGGGAGAAACUGCCAAGCGUUCGUUUACAAAUAAAGAGAAGCAGCCAACGACCAGCAACAAAAAAAACAGACGCAGCAAAAGCAAGAGCGUUAACGAUCGGAGCACUGCCGAUCGUUUGAUGAUGACGAAACCCAAUAAACAACAAUAACAAGAAAAGAGAGCAGCAGGCAGCAGUGUCAUGACGCCAACGCCGCCAGAGACGAUGUCAGAGAGAACGAGCCAAAACAAAGAAGAGAAACCAACACGCGAAUCAUGGAUGCCGGGCAGGGGGUCAAAGCGAACAAUUAAGAAAGAUGUGAAUCCAACGCAACCACCACCAACACCGCUUCUACCCCCGCCAUCCGAAGAGAAAUCCAAGCAGAUGGGGGUACCGCGAGAGCCAAAGCAAACCACAAAUCAUGAGAAACCGCCGUCGUUACCGGCGACACAGCCACGAGUCGGCUCCAGCCGAGUGGGCAGCUCCGUACUGAUAAUGGCCCCCGACGAACUGCUCGAUGCAUAUGAGCAGGCGGUGCUGGAGGCCGAGGCCGAGGAGGAGAGCGAGCAGAGCGAAAACGAGCGUCGCGAAUCGCAGCGCAGCGGUAGCAACAGAAAACUCAGUCCACUCUCGACGCUCGAAGCCGUUCGUGACGGCCUCCUCUUUAUAUUCGGCAAACUCUUAAGAUUCGUACGGCGCCUCGACAUGCAUGGAGGCGGUACCGGGAACAACAUCAACUUCGUGGAGGGGCUCAUCGACUUCCUGGCGGGCUCAUUGGGCGGGGCCGCACAGGUGUAUGUCUCGCAGCCGCUGGACACGGUCAAGGUGAAGCUGCAGACCUUCCCGGAGGCCUAUAAAGGAAUGUUCGACUGUUUCGUGAGCACGUAUCGCAAGGAUGGCAUAUUCCGGGGCCUGUAUGCGGGUUCCCUGCCCGCCGUCGUGGCCAAUGUGGCCGAAAACUCGGUGCUAUUUGCCGCCUACGGCGGGUGCCAGAAGUUUGUCGCUUUCAUGGUCAACAAAGAGACGACCGGCGAGCUGACGACCACCCAAAAUGCCUGUGCCGGCUCCCUGGCCGCCUGCUUUUCCACGCUCACCCUCUGCCCCACGGAGCUGAUCAAAUGCAAGCUCCAGGCCUUGCGCGAAAUGAAGCACUUUAUCGAGCCCAGUCAUCCGCAGGAUAUGCGUACGCCAUGGUCCCUCACGCGGUACAUUUGGCGCACGGAAGGCUUGCGCGGCUUCUAUCGCGGCUUGAGCUCGACAUUCAUGCGUGAGAUGCCCGGCUAUUUCUUCUUCUUUGGCAGCUACGAAGGCACCAGAGAAUUUCUGCGGAGGAACAAUCAAACCAAAGAUGAAAUCGGACCAUUGCGCACAAUGGUGGCGGGCGCCAUUGGCGGCGUCUGUCUGUGGACCUCCACGUUUCCCGCCGACGUAAUCAAGAGCCGCAUCCAGGUGAAGAACCUCAAUGCCAGCAUGUACGCCGUCGGUCGUGAGAUUGUACAAAACGAGGGCGUCCUGGCACUCUACCGCGGUCUGCUGCCCUCCGUUCUCCGCACCAUACCGGCCACGGCCACACUCUUUGUCGUUUACGAGUACACCAAGCGAGCGCUUCAUGGCACCCUCUAACGACACCUGGUGGCGCGGGCGGUCGCCGUCAUCGUUGUCGUCUUCAUUGCCAUAACUCUUACGCGCCGUUUUUUUUUUGUCGUUUAGUUAGAUAAUUUGUAUAUAUUUAGUGUGUGUGGCCUCCGUCUGUGUACAUUAUUCAGAUAUCAUAUGACUGACUAUAUAUCCAUGCUGUUUGCAAUCGAUGUUGAUUUUCUGAAUGUUUGGAUUGCUGAUCCGCGGAUCCUGGUCUUAGAUCCCGGCCGCCUGGCGCAGGCGUCGCUUAAGAAAGUCACGUCGAUCCGCGAAUGUUUCCAGUUCGCGCCACUCGUUCCAAUUCAUCUACGGAAAGCCAAUGGGUAUUAGUAUUUUAUGGUAUAUGUAGUUUAAGUAAAUAAAGAUAUGUACAAUAGAUGUAAACAAA